ACAUACAUGCGUGAAGGCAUCAGGCUGUUUGAUCGCCAUCGCGAAUUGCCCAGGUGCACUUUUGGGGGAUGGAGUUCGGUAUACUGCCCAGCUGUGCAUGCUGAACAUUACGCGGGUUCAGGGUGGAAGGUGCAGGUGGUGUACUGUCGGCGCAAAGAUAAUCAUCACUACAGCCCUGAGGUUACUGUGGAAAAACAGGCCCGAGGCAUGGAGGGAAAGGGAAGCAAAGGAAGGAGAGGGCUGGACCCGAUCGGCUCCCCCAGACGGACUAGGGAGAGACGUUUGCGUGUGUGGCUUGUCACUGCUGCAGAUGUAUGGUUUGCUUCUGCGGAUCACCACCACCACCACAACGACUCUCCAGUGCUGUACAGCAGUACCUCUGAUCCCGCCGUUGCCAAGGUACUCAUUCCGCGGCAGUAGUAAUGAUCGUUCUCUUGGAAUUGACUGGGUGCGGUCCUCCGCGCGCAUUGCCUCUCCCGGGGCGAUGAGCGUCAUGGCACCGUUUGUUGUACCAAGGAUCUGCGUUCGUGGCAGGUUGUGGCAGUGAACCGGAAACCAAGGAAGCAAGUCUCUGCUCUUGACGAUCAAAGGCAAUCCAGGCAGAGGGUGUGGCCGCAGACUGGAAAUAAAGAUCGAGGAGUUUUAAAGAAACCCUCCAAAACCAGGCUGUUUGGGGGGAACUACGGGUGGGCGGUAUCACAAGGGAGAAAGGCAAACCUCCAGCUAGAAUAGAGCACUGAGCCUAAGGUUUUCUCGUAAGCUUACCUACCUGUCUUUGCAUACAUCAACACAACACGAGUGUAG